UGGCGCAUGGAUGCGUCACGUACCCAAUCACCGUUGUUUGUGUCUGCUGCAUCACUGGUCAGCUACGCGGUACAAAGAUAAUUGCUGGCGUGUGAAGGAUUUUCACUCGAGGGGUGUUUUCCGCUUCGAAUCACCAGGAGGUAUGCUUGCACCUUAGGGAAUGGUGUUGAAUCACAGUGAGAAGGGCUGUUGCUGUAGGUAUUUGUGUUGACAGUAAUCAAAUUCAAGAUGGAAUCGCUGGCCAAGACAUCCAAGGCGAAGCCAAAAGUGGCACAACCUGGGUCAGGUUCUGGGCCAGUAUCGCUGUCAGGAGGUGGUGACGACCCCUACCCAUCACUGUCAGACUACCACGACUACGAGCCUCAGCUGGAGUUUGACGACACUGAGGUGGCAUGUGCUACCAAUGCUGGUACAGACGCCGAGCUGGAGGCGGAGCUGGACCUGGCACUGGCGCUGGACACCACCGUCUCGGACGGCACCAUCGAGGAGAACUUCGAGGCCGAGCUGGGGCCACUCUCGCUCGGCCUCGACCUCAACGACGACUUGUACCGCAAGGCGCGCCUCUCGACCGAGGCCGACUACCGGGACGUGGCGCAGCACGGCAUCGUGGACGUGGUCGGCGAUGACACGUACGGCCGCAAGGUGAUCGUCGUCUCGGCGUGCAGGCUGCCCAGCAACAAAGUGCUGAACCACACCAAGCUGCUCAGCUACCUGAUGUUCACGCUGAACCAGUAUGUUGAGCAAGACUACAGCCUGGUGUAUUUCCACUAUGGACUGAACAGCAAAAAUAAGCCACCCCUCAGCUGGCUCUGGCAGGCAUAUCGGGCUUUUGACAGAAAGUACAAGAAAAAUCUGAAAGCUCUGUACUUGGUGCACCCCACCAACUUCAUUCGGGUUGUCUACAACUUGUUCCGCCCCGCAAUCAGCGUGAAGUUUGGAAAGAAGAUCUUGUACGUGAAUUAUCUGCACGAACUUCGGAAUCAUCUCCCGAUGGACCAGAUCACGAUACCCGAGCCCGUGUUGGAGCACGACCGCACGCUGGUGUCGAAGCCGCUGCGGCUGCCGACCACCCCCAGCGUGCAGUUCCACACGCCGCUGGAGACGCAGCAGUUCGGUGUGGCGCUGCAGUUCAUCAAGGAGCACAACGGCGGCGACCCGAUCGCCCCCGUCGUGCGCCAGUGCGUGGAGUUCCUGAGCCAGCCGGACCUGCUGGAGACGGAGGGCCUGUUCCGACGCUCGGCCAACGUGCGCCUCAUCAACCAGCUGCAGUCACAGUUCAACCACGCCGAGACGGUGCAGCUGACGGACGCGCACGUGGCCGCCGUGCUCAUCAAGUCGUUCCUGCGCGAGCUCGAGGAGCCACUCAUGACGUUCGACCUGCAUGACGAGAUCGUGCAGGUGCAGGCGUUGCCCAGAUCAGAGAGAGGGAUGGCGGUCAAGUCGUUGGUGCUCGAAAAGCUACCGGAAGACAACUACGUGGUUCUCAAAUACAUCAUCCACUUCCUGGGAAAGGUGAUGGACCGCAGCGACCUGAACAAAAUGACGUCAGCAAACCUGGCCGUGGUGUUCGGACCGAACCUCAUCUGGCACCACAACCGGCAGAUGUCACUGGCAGCCAUCGGGCCGAUCAACACGUUCACCGACUAUCUGCUGCAGAACCACCACCAGCUCUUCAUAUUGUAGCGCGCUCCAGGCGUCGAGCGCAGAAGCAUAGGUGAACGAGCUGGCCGGAAGAUGGCGGGCACGCCGCGGCCCUUCUCGCCUGAAUUCUAACUUGUCAGUCGACCAAAGAUAGCAAGCCACCUAUGAACGGGUCCUCUGGGGGAUUGUACCUCACCCGCCGCCGGAGCGGAGGUGCGUUGACCCCCGUAUGUGUGUAUCAGGGGGGGGGGGGGGGGGUCGG